AUGCAUCCUCUCAAAGAAUUUCAGGAGGGUCAAGCGACAAACUCGGAACUUCAGGCUGAGUUAGAUUUCCUUCGUCAACGAGUGGACACGUCCUCCUCGUCGCAUCGUUCAUCUACCCUCCCAACCGCCAUCACCAACAACUCUUUUCAACCACAAAACUCCAGUACUCCACAGAGCCAGGUCAGCAGUUUGGCGACUUCCGAUGGAGUUUCACAGGGACUUCCAAGUAUGCCCGUUCCGAGUCCUGGAAGCCUGCUACCUGGGCCGCCUCUAUCGGGAAUGAAUCUCUUUCCCCCCAAACCCCCGGCUAUUGACUCCAGUACUACGCAAGGUCAGUCACUUCAAGAUCUGACUGUCGAUCCCCGAGAUAUAGACGGAUGUUUCUCCUUAUUCUUCAAACACUACUUGCGGUACGCUCCCAUUUUCGAUACUGAGAUGCUCCCAAAUGAGUGCUACUCUUUGUCACCGUUUCUAUUCUGGACGAUCAUCGCGAUAGGAGCGAGAAGGUAUUCCAAAGACCCGACAUUGAUCCUCUCCCUCUCGUCUAAAGUGACGAAACUGGCAAAGAAUGCGAUAUUUGCCACAGAGAAAGUACUACCUACAAUACAGGCACUAAUAUUGCUGUGCCAUUGGACAAUGCCCGUCGAUACCUUGCAAAAGGAUCUGACACCGAUGCUUGCUGGGGGUUUACUACAGCUGGCUCAAAACGUGGGCCUGCAUGUCUUUGGCUCUGCCCAUGAUUUUUCAAGAGUACCUCUGCGGUACGAUGCUGAGCAGAGAAGUUUUCGCUUCAAACUCUGGUCGAUAUGUCUUGUAGUUUGCCAAAGGACGAACAAUACACGUGGGUUACCACCCAUCAUAUUCCAAGAUACAUAUGGCCAUGCUGGGUUCAGGGAAGAUCCUUGCUCACUAUUGCCCCCGGGCGUUCUGUUCCAGAAGAAGUUAUCGGGACUGCACAGUGAGGCAAAUCUUGCAAUUCAAAGAGAUGCACUGUCCCAGAACACGAGCGAUCGAGCCUUUGUUCUGCAAUCAACUGUAGAUGUCUGGUUAGCCCGCCUGGAGCAACUAGGGAAUGAUUGUCCAUCUAAAACUGACCAGUUCUAUUUGCUGAAUAGUCGGUUGGCAAUAUCGACAUGUAAUCUAUUGGUUCCCGCGAGAUACAUUGCAGCAGGCAUCCUGAUUGGCAUGUACGACCUUGCUUGCAGCGUUAUCGAGGUCGCGCAAGACCUCGACGAAAUAGAGAAAUUCGCAGACUAUGGGCCGUUCUCCAAUCACACCGUCACGUUGUUAGCGGCAUUUGUAAUUCUGCGAAUCGGGAAAUCCCAUUUACGCGAGAACAUGGACCAGCAGCGUGGAAAGCGUUGUUUCUUCGCCACGAUCGCCAUGUCAAAGCGCCACAGCGUAAGGUCCGAUGAUAUUGCUGCGCGGGUAAGCAUCAUCUUGCCACAAUUAUUCACCAGUAAAAUGGUGAUAAAGGGACCGGAUGGGACACCAGACAGCCUGUGGCUUCGGUGUAGGAGCCGGCUUGGCUUCAGCAUACUCUUUGAUUGUCUCUGGCUCUGGCGCCAGGAAUUUGGUGGUCAACCCGAGUCUUAUGACAGAAUCCCAGAUGAGUCCACGAUCAGUAAGGAGCCGCCAGUGAUGAACAAUGAUCCUGCGCCGCUCCCGGAGAACCCGUUGAACCUCAUGGGCCUGGACUGGUCGCCAGAGACCUUGUUACAGGAUUUUCAGUGGCCGCAAAUUGAUGACCCCUUUUAUACUGAAUGGCAGAAUAUGGUCAACACGUCUAACCAAAUGUGA